UCUCGAGGGACAAAAAGAAAAAAAAUGGGAGGAGAGACGACGCACAAUUCAACCUUCAGUUUUUUUUUCCUUUUUUUCUUUUUGACGGAAAAAAAUAAGGGAACGUUUGUUUACUUGAGGAUAUCAAAUCCAAUAAUUUGAGAUCAAACUUCUUUCUUAUGGGACUAUGUGAUUUUAGCAGCUACUGAAGUUCCCGAAUCCCCAGUUUUCUGUUCUGAGAUCUAAUGUUUACUCUGUGGGCAGGAUUUCAAAUAAAUAUUUUGAGAUUCGAAAUUUUCUUGGGGGUUACUGGUUUCCUUUGCUUUAACCCGCUGCCUUGAGAAAUACGGGGAGCGCCCACAGACCUCCCUGCCCUCUACCUCCCUAAGGCGCGCCAUUAUUUCUAUCCCGCGUUCUCCACGCCAGAUCGAUGCCAUUGGGAAAGCGUUCCGAUCCAGAGUAAACGAAAUCCCUGAAAAAGAUCGAAGUGAAGAUGGCGAGGGGAGUCGGUGGCACCAAUGCCAAGCACCACCCAGCUCUUAAGCACGUCGUCCUCGUCGCUUGCUUCAUUCUGCUCGCUGGUGUGCUUCUCUUCAACCUCCUCUGGACUUGGUCAUCGUCUCCUUCCUCCUACUUCCCUUCCGUCAAUAAGUCGGUCAAGCGGGUCGUCGUCGCCGAGAAGGAGAGGAAAGCACUUACCCAUCUUCAGAAUUUGGAGUUCAAUGCAACUUUUGCUGAUAUACCUGCACCUACUCUUGAGUGGGAGGAGAUGGCAGAAGCACCUGUGCCUCGGUUGGAUGGUUCUGCUGUGCAGAUUAACGAUCGUUUAUAUGUGAUCUCCGGCUAUGGUUCUAUUGAUCAUGUGCAUUCUCAUGUGGACAUCUAUAAUUUUAGCAAUAAUACAUGGGAAGAAAGAAUUGAUACCCCAAAACUAAUGGCAAAUUCACAUUUAGGGGUGGCAACAGAUGGAAGAUAUAUUUAUAUCAUAAGUGGACAAUAUGGACCUCAAUGUAGAGGCCCAACAACUAAUUCCUUUGUAUUAGAUACAGUGACGAAGCAGUGGGAUGAGUUCCCCCCUUUACCUCUUCCCAGGUAUGCCCCGGCUACUCAAGUGUGGAGAGGACGACUACAUGUAAUGGGAGGUAGCAAAGAGAAUCGCCAUACACCAGGAACGGAACAUUGGAGCAUUGCUGUGAAAGAUGGGAAACCAUUAGACAAAGAGUGGAGAUCUGAGGUUCCUAUACCUCGUGGUGGGCCCCAUAGGGCAUGUAUUGUUGUCGACGAUCGUCUUGUUGUAAUUGGUGGUCAAGAGGGAGAUUUUCAGGCGAAACCAGGGUCACCUAUUUUCAAAUGUUCUCGUAGACAUGAGGUAGUCUAUGGUGAUGUUUAUGUGACGGAGGACGGGAAAAAGUGGACACAGUGGCCUCCCAUGCCAAAGCCUGAUUCUCAUAUAGAAUUUGCAUGGAUACUUCGGAACAAUUCCAUUGUGAUUGUGGGAGGCACAACAGAGAAGCAUCCGGUUACAAAAAAAAUGAUGCUCGUUGGAGAAGUAUUCAGACUUCGUUUGGACACAUUGGAAUGGUCCGUGAUCGGGAGAAUGCCUUUUAGAGAUAAGACUGUUCUCGUUGGUUAUUGGAAUGGAUGGUUGUAUUUCAAUUCAGGGCAGCGUGACCGGGGGCCAGACGAUCCUUCACCGAAACUGGUCAUAGGAAGCACAUGGAGAACUAAACUAAAAUUUUGAUCUUCAUCGUUCAUCUUAUGUAGCUCUUGGAGCAUCCAUAGUUCUAAUAUUUGGCAUUUCGUCCAGUAACAGUUCUUGGUAUUCAGUAUGAAGUGAAUUCUUGGUUUUGAUAUUUGUAACAUACAGGGAGGAAUACCGGAAAAAAAAAAGAGCCAAACUGAAAUGAUUUAUUCUUAGUGAGGUUGCAAGCUGUAGAAGGCACUUUUGACU